GCCCGUGGCCAACCUCUGGCACAACCUGAUGGAGGCGAAACGCUCGAUGGACUGCGUGGUGGAUCUUCAGGUCAACCACACGACCGGUCUCUGGGAGGUGUCAACGGCCCCCCUGCGCCACGUGAUGGAGGAGCUGGUGCGGAGCGGGGAGACGCUGAACACGGAGAUGCAGAACCUCUCACGCGCCUUCGUGGAGCUGAACGACCAGGUGGCCAGCGAUGAGGGCUACAACCUGCGGCAGGACAAGGACAAGGGCACCCAGCCGGCCCGCAGCACCCAGGAGCUGUACGAGAGGAAGACCAAACACCGCUGUGCCAGUGAGCAGGACGGGCAGGGGCUGGCAGCACACAGGGCAGGCGGCUGCCAGCCGCGGGGGGCUGUCCUAGAACCCCAUGCCAGCACCAUGGACGGGGUCUUGGCCAGCGGGUCUAGGUCUGCACAGGCAGCUGAAGACUCCUGCCUCCCAGGUGUGAUCAAGAACAGCCUGGAGCACUGUGAGGGCCAGUUCUGUGGUUGUGCUCUGCAUCGGCCACCUCAAGAGUGA